CAAGGUGGCCGUUGCGGGAGGGGCAGGGCAGGAGGCUGCUGGAGCGGCUCCGGCCCCGCGGGCUCCCAGCGAUCUCUGCCCCGGCGUCUUCCUCCGCGGGGGGGGCGGGGAGCAGGGGGUUGGGCUCUUCGCCGGCCUCCGAGCUGGUCCGACAGGGGCAGUGAACUGAGAUUUCCUAGGCCAGAGCUUUCUUCCAGCAGCUACUCUAGAGGAUUGUCUGCUCAAGGUUCAGAUGUUUGCCUUGACUCCAAAGGAGAGCAGAGUCUGGACCUGGUAAGCACGUUGGUCAGCUUGUGUUCUGGACCAUGGACUCCAUGAGAAUCCCCCUAAUGUGAAAAUGUCGAACACUAACAGAGAAUUAGUGAUUGACUUUCUCUCCUACAAGCUAUCGCAGAGGGGAUACAGCUGGAGUCGGUUCGAUGGGGAGGAUGAGAUCAGGACUGAGCCUGCAGAAGAGGCUGAGAUGGCAAGCGUCCCUAAUGGGAGUCCAUCCUGGCAUGCGGGUCCCAGCCACAUAGUGAAUGGGGCUGUUGGGCACAGUAACAGCCUUGAAGCCCACGAAAGGGUUCCGGCAACUGGAGUGAGGCAGGCGCUGAGAGAGGCAGGAGAUGAGUUUGAAUUGAGGUAUCGGAGGGCCUUCAGUGACCUCACUUCUCAGCUCCACAUCACCCCUGGCACGGCAUACCAGAGCUUUGAGCAAGUGGUGAAUGAACUCUUCCGGGAUGGAGUGAACUGGGGGCGCAUUGUGGCUUUUUUCUCCUUUGGAGGAGCCCUGUGUGUGGAGAGUGUUGACAAGGAGAUGCAGGUGUUGGUUGGACGCAUCGUCUCAUGGAUGACCACUUACCUGACUGACCACCUAGAUCCCUGGAUCCAAGAGAAUGGCGGUUGGGAGCGCUUUGUGGAUCUCUAUGGGAAUGACGCUGCUGCCAAGAGCAGGAAAGGCCAGGAGCAGUUCAACAGGUGGCUUCUGACUGGGGCGACUCUGGCAGGAGUGCUCCUACUGGGCUCUCUGCUGAGCCGCAAGUAACUGGACACUGACUCCUCCCCUGGGCCCGUGGCAAAUGGCAAAAACCCCUCACACUAUUCUCCAGAGCAACGUGAUCAUUCCAAGGGGCAGCGCCCCUGCCCGCAGCCCGGCUUGAAGGGCAGGGACUCCUGCCCCACAGUUCUCUUCUGGCCCAUGUGCUGCCAUCUCCCUUUUAUUCCAAUCUUCACUUACUGUUGGUUUUCAAAGCCCUGAGACCAAGGCAGUUGUUCUGCAGGCUGCUCCCCAUAGGCUGCUGGGGACCCCAGCCUGCGCCCCAGGUCACCAAACAGCAGGGAUGGGUGGGUGGAAACAUGCUCCCCCUGGUGGCUAGGGGAGACACGAGUGUGUGUGGGGGGGUGGGUAUAUGUGUGUGUGUGCGCGCGCGUGUGGAGGUGUUUAGCAUAAGGCUUUAGGGGCAAGCACCGCCUUUUCCACACAGCCCCACCAUCAUUGCAGGCUUUGUGCAUAUCAAGGAAGAGCCCCCAGUGCUUGGAGGGGUGUUCCCGGAAUGCCCUGCAUGUCCAGCUGUGGGCAUGGCAGAGAGGCGGAGCUGUUAACCAUCAGUGCAGCUUCCCCGCCUGGGCGGUCUGUUCGUGAGGUCAGCUGGUGCUGCGAUUGCCUGGCUGUUGUGUGCGGUGCCUGGAGCUGGUAGGAAAGGGUUAGGUGCAGCCAGGGCCCUAGGUCUGCCCUUAGCAGACCUCAGACUAUUUCUUCUAGUAAAGAGGUAGAGUUUACAGUAGGUGUCUUCCCAGCCCUGAAGGUCCUAAUCCUUCCCCUGUGCUGCAGGAGACUCCUCCCAGAGCCGUGCACUGCUGCAUGCGCCUGAAUCUGCUCUCCCAUUGCGUCUGGCCCAGCGCCGAAGGCCCCGUCUCUACGCUGGCUGUGCCCCGCUCAGGGCACUCUGCUGGGACAGCGUCAGGCCCAGCUCGGUGUUCCCAGGCAUGGGUGCAGUGGGAUCCUCAUGCUGUUCUAUCCCUAUGAAUGUAGAUUUCUGCAGUGAGUUACACUGUGCUGACUUCUUCCCUUUUGCCCUAGGCUAUCACUUUUCCCUACAUGCUCCGAGCACCCCACCCCACACCCCACUGUUCCAAGCAGGUACCCCGCGUUCCUCAGCGUGGCUGCUCCAAGCAUGGGCCUGGGGCUGCAAAGUGCAGGAAAUAGCCACUCGGUUUCCCGCUUCUGGGGACCGGGCAUGCCUGAGUUUGCUCUUCUUGCUUGGAGUGGAGGACUCACGGACAGAGAAAAACACUGUGUCAGCAGCAGUGCCAUGGAAGGUGUUUACGUUUGGCUUCUAAUUGCUCCCUGCCUCUACUAGCAUCACUCUCUGGAGAGCCUGUGGUGGCUGCUACCCAAGUCGCUUGCAGCAAGGGCAGAAGUAAACACUGCUCUGCUCAGGGCCUGGCAGGAGUUAAGUGGGGUUGCCCCAGCAGUGAUGGAACAGCUUGCCCCACCCCCUUCCUGGGCACACUCUUUGGGGUAGCCGCAGAAUCUGUCUGUCUUUCCUCAUUGCUGUGCGGGUGGGCAAGUUGGGAGGAAUAAAGCGAGACUGCGAUGGGGGCAAGUGCUGCCCCGUAGGGAACCAGCAGGAGCAGGGAGCUGUAGCAUUCUCCUCCCUGGGCCAGGGGGAAGUAGGAACCUUAUCUCUGAGGAGAUGGAGGAGCCUGGCCACUGGAAUAGAGCUGAAGCUCAGAGCACGGCCAGGGGUAGCCCAGCCGGCAAGGGAGAGAAGGGGCUGGAGAUGGAGGAAGGUCUCGCCCACCUUCCUCAUGGUUCCACUUAGCUGAGUUCCUAGUCUGGCCACGCUCUAGCAGUGAGCAGGGCAGCUCCCGCCCAGAGUAUUCAGAGCCAGCUGAUGGCCCCUUGCUAGCUCCAGGGUGGCAGGUACUCCCCUGGAGUGCUCCCCACUCGCUUCAGCAGCAGCACGCUCGGUCAGAUACCUGCCUGGCUCUAGUCUCGGCCGUGUUUUUUGGGAUUGUCUGAGUAACAGCAGCAUUUGGUCUAAUACUGGUCCUGCCGCCAUUCCAUCUCCAGUGUGCAUUCGCCUCCUCCCAGGGCAUGGCAUCUCCUGCUCCUAGCACAGGGACAUGCCCUGCCCUCCCUCCACGUGGGGGAUAUGGGUCUGCGGUGGGACUGUACUCUGUGCUGCUUGUAGCCCCGCACCUCCUGUUCUCUCCUGCAAGCUGCUGAAGAGGAGCUGGGCCCUGCUAGAGCCUGUCUGGCAUUUCAUCUCCCUGAAGCAUUAACGUGAAGCUGGCUUUUGAAACACCCCCUGCCUCCUGGGAGUCCAGCGUCCGCGCCCGACAGCCUAGCAGGUGUCUGCUCCUUGUACAUAUUUUCUGUGCUCUGCUGUAAAUACCCAAGAGUAGGUUUUAUUCAUUUGUGAAUAUUCUAAUACUAUUUUUGUUAACUGUAUGUCUGUAUUUAUGUGUGUUGACAGUGCUUACCCAUCACCCUGCAGGGCAUCUGCUGUGUGCUCUGCACGGGGCAGGCCCCAGGGCUGAAGAAUUGUCCUUCCCCCUCCCCCCCGAGAACCGGGGCAAGAGAGCAAGUCCCCAUAGACACUAAGAAUCCACCUUGCACUCUCAGCUCCUGACUCAGCCUCUCACGGUGGUGCUGGCCGGGCAGUGUGGGGUUAGGCCCACCCAGUCCUUUGUGUGCGGAAGUCACUCCCACACAGUUUGGGGCGGGCAUUUGAAAUGCUUUGAUUUGCAGGUGGAGGCUCAACCCUAUUAAUAAACUCUGUUGUUGGA